AUGGAUGCACCACAUAUGGGGCCAGCCUCGGUGCCGAAACAAUUCGUCUUGUGUUUCGACGGCACUGGAAAUAAAUUUAGUGGCGAUGAAUCAGAUAGCAACGUUCUUAAGAUCUUCCGAAUGCUAGACCGCAGUAAAAGUCACCAGUUCCACUAUUACCAGCCAGGAAUCGGAACCUACGUCACCUCAAAGUCCCUUUCCAGCCAUGGUCGAAUCCAACGCAUCAAAUCUGCUUACUUGAAAGCCAAGGAUUCCGCCGUGGGUUCCUCAUUUGAUGAACAUGUGAUGGGUGGGUAUAAGUUCCUGAUGAGAUACUACACCCCCGGCGAUGAAAUCUACUUCAUUGGAUUCAGUCGAGGGGCUUACAUCGCGCGCUUUCUUGCGGAGAUGCUCGACUAUAUUGGCCUCCUUGAGGCUGGCAAUGAGGAGCUGACCCGGUUUGCAUGGAAGACAUUCGCCAAAUGGCAACAGCGGCGUGGUGGAGGGACUGAUGAAGAGAUAGAGGAGAAGAAAAAGCUAUUUCGGUACAUGAAAGCUUUCCGUGAAACUUUUAGUCGUCCGAUUACAAGGAUUAAAUUUAUGGGCUUAUUCGAUACGGUGAACAGUGUGCCGAGAUUUGAGUCGGCUUGGAUGCAGAGAAGCAAAUUUCCAUAUACCGCUCGCAGUUCAGCUAAAGUCAUCCGUCAUGCCGUCGGAAUUGACGAGCGGCGCGCCAAGUUUCGACAGGACCUCAUUUCGGAGGCUAAAUCUUGGACUCAAAAGAAAAAAGCUCAUCAUGGAUGGGGACGUCAGUAUCUGCAUCAACUGCGCCAUAACAAUGGCAGACCAGAGAAUGUGCCCGCAAUUGUCGUCAAUAAUGGCAAUAAGAAUGAAAAGAGAGCCGCAGAUGGGGAGUUUGCCCCAAAACAUAACGACACUGAGUCAGUCUAUCGUAGUAUACGCGGCUCACAAGAAGCUGAGUAUGAGGAGAAUCAUCGUUACCGUGCACCAUCUCCUGUUCCUGGCAGACAUCUAAGUAUUGCGGUUCCCAUGGUGACUGGGUCCACCGAAGACUUGACGUCGGUGAAAAGUGGGCAAUCGGGGCUUUCAAUUCAAGUGCCAGGUACAAACCCCCGUGUUGAUGGCUUUGAGGAUGAACGUGGGCAGGAUAUCCAAGAAGUUUGGUUCCCCGGAGGCCACGCGGACAUUGGCGGGGGAUGGAAACUCAGUGAUGGUGAAGAUUGGCCACUUAGCCAUGCGCCUUUGGUUUGGAUGGUCCAGGAAGCACAAAAAGCAGGCCUCCAAUUUGACCCUCGGAAACUGAAGCAGUUUGAGUGCUGCGAAGAGUUCGAUGGAGAUUAUUCCCCUAUCCGGGAGAAUAUUAAUUGGAAUCGCAGCAAUGGCUGGGGCCAGGAUCAGGACUAUGCUCAUAUCAGAGAACACGAUAAAUCCGAGCAUCCUAUGUUCAGAUUGGCCAUAAAUGACAACGGCAAACAGCGCUCCAAGUCGAGCUGUAAUUUCCUUACUGCCCUCCACAGUUCCAGCGCGAGCGGUUUGUUGCAUGACUGUUUAUCAUUUGGCCAGGGUCUCCCAGCACUGUCUGUUGUGUCAUGGCGAAUCAUGGAAUAUCUCCCAUUCCGCAGGAUGGAUUUACAAGAAGAUGGAUCCUGGAAACCUAUCCGAUGGCCGCUUCCCUGCGGCGAGGUGCGUGAUAUCCCGUACGAUGCCCAGAUUCACGUGUCAGCAAUCCGCCGGAUGCAAGUUCACCCAGAUUACCGUCCGGGUAAUCUGAUCAUUGGCGGCGGAGGAAGGGGUGUCAAACGAGCCCCCCAAGAGUAUGGAAUUGGUGAGUGGGUGAUCCACGACUAUGAGGGCGAUCCAGUUCGAGAGGUGUACAUACGAAAGAAGGCUUCCAAGAUGUGUAAAGAUGAUCUACACCGAGAUCAUGAAUCCAGCAUGUGCAAGGAGGAAGGACACUAG